AUGCGUAAAUCAAAGUUGCUGUGUCUUUAUGAAAAGAAAGGAGCUGGAAAGAGAGAUUUUACUGGUCUUGAAAGCAAAGAAAUUCGUCGUGGAUUUAUUCGAAAGGUUUAUUCAAUUCUUAUGAUUCAAUUAGCGAUUACAUUUGGUCUUAUCGCAAUAUUUCAUUUUAUACUAUCGAUUCAUGAUUACGUGCGAAGUUCGAAUGGUCCAUGGCUUUAUUGGAUAUCAUAUAUUGUUUUUUUGGUUAUUUAUUGUGUAUUGAUUUGUUCACAACGUGCCGCACGAAGGUUUCCACUUAAUCUUAUUUUACUCGACAUUUUGACAUUAUCAAUGAGUUAUAUGAUGGGUAUGAUUUCAGCAUAUUACAAAAUUGAAUCAGUAUUAAUCGCUGUUGGUAUAACAGUAUUCGUUUGUUUGGGUAUUACAUUAUUUUCCUUUCAAACAAAAUAUGAUUUUACAUCAUGUUUUGGAGUUUUACUUGUGAUUUCAUUGAUAUUUUUAGCUUUUGGAAUCGUUUGCAUUUUUACUUAUUCAAGAAUAUUGUACACAAUUUAUGCUGGCCUGGGAGCUCUGGUUUUUUCAAUCUUCUUGGCUGUUGAUACACGAUUACUUAUCGGUGGAAAACAACAUGAAAUAAGUGCUGAAGAUCAUGUUUUUGCAUCAUUGAUGCUUUAUAUUGAUGUUCUUUAUAUAUUUAUAUAUAUUCUUAGUUUGUUGGGCAAUUGGAAAUAA